AUGGAAUUCGAAGACGAAAUGAACUUUGGUGGCGGUGCUUCCUCGCGGUCGAACAGCCGUCCUCCACACCGGGCACGGUGCCAACCCCCGCAGGAGUCCGUGAAGCAAUUCUGGGAACAGUUCAACACCAAGUACCCUGGUAAAGUGUAUACAGUGCUGCCAGAUAACCCCUAUGCUCGCACACGCGCGAAACGGGUUCCGAACGGGGUGGUCCAGGGCCAUGAGGCUGUUAAAUCGUAUGAGCAGGCGAAGCGGGAGUGUCAGAAGUCCGUUGAUCGUAUCGUGAAGGAAUGUGAGCGGGUGAAUCAGAAGUACACGGAUCCCCAUUUCGAUAUCGAGCUGGAUUUGAAAUCCGGGCGCAAGAACUAUUUGUAUGGGUUGGACACGACAAAUGAGGAAAUGAGGCCUCGUGGAGUGAAGAGGGUGACGGAAAUCUUCGUGAAUCCUCAGUUCUAUGUCAAUGGACCGACGGCGUCAGAUGUUCGUCAGGGCUGUGACGGGGAUUGCUGGUUGAUGGCUGCGCUGUGCACCAUGGGUAACAAGGAGGAGCUGAUUGAAAAGAUCUGUGUUGCGCGGAACCAGACUAUCGGAAUCUAUGGAUUUGUGUUCUACCGUGAUGGAGAAUGGCAACAGUGCAUUGUGGAUGACAAACUUUAUCUUCGUGCGGCUGACUAUGAUGAAUCGAUUGAUGAGCGUCCACUUUGGGAUGACAGUAUUGGCACAGAUGCCGAAGAGGAGUACCGCAAAGUCUGGCAGACUGGUUCCCGGGCACUAUACUUUGCACACUGUGUUGAUCCGAAUGAGACUUGGCUACCUUUGCUGGAAAAGGCGUUCGCUAAAGCUCACGGAGACUACUCGGCCAUCGAGGGUGGUUUCGUCGGAGAAGCCAUCGAAGACUUGACUGGUGGUGUCACUUCAGAGAUUCUGUCUAAUGACAUUCUGGACAAGGAUCGCUUCUGGAAUGAAGAACUCAUGAAGAUCCGAAAUAUAAAGGACCCCCACGAGAUAGGAAGGGAAUCUCGGAGAACCAUUCUUACUCGAUCAUGGAAGCCCGCGAGAUUAAAGGACAUCGUCUACUUCGUUUACGGUGGGUACGGUCCUCGAUCAGCUUUAAAGAAAUCUUUGUCUGACCGAGUUAGAAACCCCUGGGGCAAGAAGGAAUGGCAUGGUGCCUGGGGUGAUGGUUCUGAGCAGUGGACCGCAGAGUGGUUGCAGCUUCUAGGCCAUAAGUUUGGCAACGAUGGGUUCUUCUGGAUCUCCUAUAAAGACCUUCUUCGAAAAUAUCAGCACUUCGACCGUACUCGCCUCUUUGGAUCUGACUGGACUAUAACCCAACAGUGGACGACACUGAAUGUCCCUUGGUCCGCCGAUUACCACAGCACCAAGUUCAUUAUGAACGUCACCCAAGGCGGCCCAGUCGUCAUCGUUCUCUCCCAGCUUGAUACCCGAUACUUCAAGGGACUUGCCGGCGAGUAUAGCUUUGUCCUCAAGUUCCGUGUCCAAAAAGAAGGCGACGAGGAUUACAUGGUGCGCAGCCACAGUAGCCACUUGAUGGGCCGAUCCGUCAACGCCGAGAUCAAUCUUGACCCAGGUCGCUACCAUGUUCUGAUGAAGAUCACCGCAUUCCGAGAUGAAGACAUUGAACCGACCGACGAGAUUGUCCGACGCCUUGCCUCAACCAGAAGAGAAAAGCUCGUGCAGGUUGGCCUCUCGUACGAUCUCGCCCACGCCAAGGGUCUUGUUCGUGAGACAGAACAAGAACGCUACGAACAAGAGAGACGUAAAGCCCAUGAGCGCAAAAAGCUACGUGACGAAACCAAAAGGAGAUUGCAAAAGGAAUGGAUUCGCGAUCGUAAGAUGGCCGCAAGAGAGCAGCGUAUGGCGGCUCGCCAUAACGGCCCCAUGGCCAAUGGCGCGAUGAAUGGCCCGGGUCCUUCCCACAUCGUGCAGAUCUUGGGCGGAAAGCCCACUGCAUCGCCUACGGAGAGUAUCUCCAGUGAUAGCAGUGAUCGGCGACCGACUCCAACCGGCUCGGUCCCAACCAUCCAAUUCAACGGACUUCACGCCGGACACGCGUCCAGUGCUCCCCGUACAAGGCGGACAGAUUCGCCCCGACCGAGCCUCAAUACACGAUUGGCUACGGAUAAUCUGGAUCUGAGUGAUGUGGAACUGUUGGAAGGGUUUGAAUUUGACAGUGAUCUCGACAUGCCACCUGAUGAUGUCGACCACAAAUCUGCUCAUCGGAAGUCUGAGAUUGAGAGUCCUGCUGCCGAUCCUUGGAAUGCCGUUUGUGUGGUUGGACUGCGUGUUUACUCCAAGGAUCCGAAGCUCAGCCUCGAGGUCAUGCAGCCAGUCCCGGAUGAUGAUACGGAAGCUCCUCUGGACAUAGAUGAUCCAGCUGCAUCUGCAACUAUUGAGAAGUCUUUUCAGAUAUUUGGAAGCACUUCAACGCACAUGCAUAUAUAG